UCACGUUGGUACAACGUUUAUUACUGAAAAUUUAACAGUGUAGUAACAUGAAAUUGCCGACUGCAAGUAUUGUGACUUUCACGUUGAACCAACGUUCUCUCCACGCAAAUUGCCCCUUGCAUACCGCUACCGUCGCCAUUCCAACCAUGCUUGUACCUUCGGUCGUCUGAGUUUUUUUUCAAUCAUGACGGUGAAAAAUUAUCUCGUCGUUGAAUUUUCCACAGAAAAUCCAAUUACUGUGGAUGUAAUUCCAUCAAAUUGGUUGAUUGGAAACACUGAGUGUUGGUGGCCGUCUCGUUGCGAUGCAGGAAAUUUAAAGAAAAUACGCUGUGACCGAACUCUCCCUCAGCCAUCGUGGGGAAAGUGUGUGUGUAGGAUUCUAGGCGAAUUUGAUACAUUCAAAGCUGCUGUUGAAGGAGCCAGAAAAGCUGAAGACACCUCCGAGCUGGAAAACGAUCCAAUUUUGCCAAACAAACGUAUUUCCAAGAACAAAAAAAUAAAUUCAGAUCACGAGAACGACAACUGUUUGUCAAUUUUGCGGGCGCACGAGGUUACUGCAACAGGAGCCACUAAUGAAUUUCCAAUUUCGCUGCUGAGUUCUCCUCCAACAAACUUGUAUAUGACAAGCCCAGUGGAGGGGUCGAAUUUAUUAGCAACAGUCGGCGGUGAAGAGGAAAAUAAUCGGCAAAUUAUUUAUGUGACAACUGAAGAUUUUCUAGCUCCCGUAGGUCAAACAGAGGUCACCCCAGGCACAUCAUCAAAUACUUCAUCAGCGUCAGCGCCAGUGCUACGAACUGAUUAUGUUCCAACACAAGGAUUCCAAACAACAGUAAUAAAACAUAUUGCUGGAAUUGAAAAAACUCUCAAAUCUUUGGAAAGGAAAUUGGAAAAAAUUACUGCUCAUCUGGAGGCGUCGAAGAUAAACGAGUCUGAUCCCCCGCUUCCAGAUUUCGAUUUUUCUUCUUUGCCCAAUUUCCCACUUCAUUCUGAGCAAAGUUUGCAAGAAUUUGAUAAUCAACUGGAAUUAUCAAUUGAAAAAGCCAGUUUUGUUCAGUAUCUGUUUGAGAUUGGAGGGGAGACACUUAACCAGACAGUGAAGUUGAUUUUUGACAGAAUAAUCGACCACGACUUGGCAAUUGGCUUCACUUUUACUGGGAAAGGGAAGGAAAAGAAGCCAUUUGAAAUUUACUCAAACGUAAAUUACUGUAUUACCGGUGCUGUUAAGAAGAACAAAAAACUUGCCGCUGAUCAGAAAACUGAUGUCAGCAUCAGAUUGUCCGUCAUGAAUCAUUUACGAUUCUCCAGAGCUCCAAAGACAGCCGAAGAGGAAAAAAAUUAAAUUUGUGAUGUCGUCCGAUAGAACUAAAAGGCGUAAAAUCCAGGAAGCAUGUAAACUAAUAGAAUUAGAAAUACAUAAUAGUAGUGGUAAUUUAGAACCUCAGUCGAAUAGUCAACCGUGUGAUGAACACAUUUAUAAUACCCCUUACAAUUUAGGGUCACAAAGUAGAAAUACUGGUGAUUUACACUUAGUCACCUCUAGUUAUGAUAGGUCGGAUACCGUAUUAUUUGAUAAUGAUCAACCAUUUAGUAGUGAUGAUGAGGAGGAAGACGUGAAUCAACUUCCCGAUCUCAAAUCAGAUUUAAGGAAGUGGGCUAUCACACAUAAUAUCACGGGUACUGCCACGGAUGAUUUGUUGCGCAUUUUAUUGUCAAAUUUCCCUAAUUGUUCUUUACCUAAAUCGCACAAGACACUGUUUGGUACCGUCACCAGCUAUAAUAUUGAUAACAUAGAGGGUGGCAAAUAUUAUCAUUUUGGGUUGGCCAAAAAGAUAAAAUUUUAUAGUAGUUUAGACUCGUUCAGUGAUACAUUCGAUUCGUUCCAGUUAAUUGUAGGAAUUGAUGGCUUGCCAAUUAGUAGAUCGAGUAAAAAACAAUUUUGGCCAAUUUUAGUUACCACUCCGUUAUUAAACUUUAAUAAGCCAUUUAUAGUUGGGCUCUAUUACAGUGACAACUGUAAGCCAAACAAGGUGACGGAAUUUUUGGAACCAUUUGUUGAAGAAUGCUUGUCGCUAGCUAGAACUGGGUUAGAAAUUAAUGGUAUACUUAGAAAGGUUUUUGUAAAAUGCAUAGUUGCAGAUGCUCCUGCUCGAAACUUUAUUAAAAAUUGCGUUACUUUUAAUGCAUAUCACGGUUGCGAUAGGUGCGAUCAAAAGGGGAAAUGGCUAGGACGUGUUAUAUAUGACAGAAAUGAUGCAAAUUUGCGGCACGAUCAGGAUUUUAAUGUUCAAUUAGAUACGCUGCACCACACAGGAAUUUCACCUUUACAAUCCUUAGGAAUUGGAAUGGUGUCCGAUGUAGUGCUUGAUUAUAUGCACCUCGUAUGUUUAGGAGUAACUAAGAAAUUGUUAUCCUGUUGGAGGAGUGGUCCACUCCCACAUAGGCUAGGGCGACAUGACAUACUUGAAAUUUCCGAACGAAUUCUGGCGUGCAAACGAUUUAUUCCUUCGGAAUUUAACCGGAAGCCACGACCUUUAGCAGAAUUAGAAUAUUGGAAGGCGACUGAAUAUCGUACUUUUCUUUUAUAUUUAGGACCUUUGGUACUGAAAGGAAUUCUCACAAAGGAAAAAUAUGAACAUUUUAUGCUUCUUUCAAUUUCUAUUCGAAUUUUACUCUCAACUAACAGGGACUGGUACCAGUACGCAAGAAAAUUAUUAGUUUCAUUUGUUGAGAAAAUCCCAACUUUAUAUGUGCCAGAAUUUCUUGUCUAUAACGUCCAUUCUUUAAUACAUUUAAGCGAUGAUGCGAUAAAAUUCGGAUCUUUGAACGGCAUAAAUGCAUUCCCAUUUGAAAACUUUAUGCAAGCAAUUAAGCGAAUGCUUAGGGCGAAAAAUGGUGGUCUAAUCACCUGGCGCAGGUUAUUAGAAGGGUUGGCGAGUAUGAAGCUGCAAAUAUUUCUACAACUUCAUGUAACAAAGAAUGUCAUGUAUCCACUGUUCCUAGAGAUCGAGCAUUUAUUUUAAAAUCUGGUGACGUAGUUAUUAUACAUGAAUUGAAAGGUGUUGAUCAAUUAGAGGUAAGAAAGUUUAAUUCUAAAUUAGAUUAUUUCAGUUUCCCUUGCGAAAGUUCGAAAUUAUCAAUUUAUGUAGUUAGUCACAUAUCUGUACGAUGCCGGUUAAUUUGUAAAAAGGAUUUAAGUGUAAAAGUUGUAUUACUUCCCCUAUCUGGAGAAAAUGAGUAUCUUUGUCUUCCAGUUUGUUGUGAUGAGGGUGCAUUGUAGUUAAUUAUUAUAAUUAGUGCUUAUGGAUUUAUGUAUAACUUAGUAUUUUGAUUCAAUUGACUUAAUUGUAUAUUUAUGCAAACAAAUUUUAAAUUGAGUGAGUAAAUAAAAUUGUAAGAAUAUUGAAAAGAGA